UCCUUGAAUGUCUUUAUUUGCUUUCUACCUUACGUACGGAGGCAGCAUCUUUUUCCUGGUGCCUGAACUCACUGUUGCAGGUUCCUCUAGUAGCUAGCUUGCAGUGUGGAAUCUCACAUUCCAAGUACUAGAAUGGCAGAUGGGCCACUUCACUUGUAUGAUCCAAGUUUGGCAAAGCAAGGAUAUGAACAGUUCUGCAGGUGGGCUUCUCAGGGCGAGCGAAGCCAUAAGGCAUCCAAUCAGGGUUUGGCCACCUGCAGCCCGGCCAAUAUGCCCCUCCACCAGAUUUCUGUAAUCCCAGCCCGGGAGACAGCCAGCAAUGGGAGAAGUUCAAUGGGCAGAAACAAAGAGAAGAACAAGGAAGUUGAGAAUGAAAAGUCCCCAGGGCGAUCUGCAAGUCGAUCAAGUAACAUAUCAAAAGCAAGCAGCCCAACGACAGGAACAGCUCCCAGGAGCCAGUCAAGGUUGUCUGUCUGUCCAUCUACUCAAGACAUCUGCAGGAUCUGUCACUGCGAAGGAGAUGAAGAGAGCCCACUCAUCACACCCUGUCGCUGCACAGGAACCUUGCGCUUUGUCCACCAGUCCUGUCUCCACCAGUGGAUCAAGAGCUCAGACACACGGUGCUGUGAGCUCUGCAAGUAUGACUUCAUAAUGGAGACCAAGCUCAAGCCCCUGCGGAAGUGGGAAAAGCUCCAGAUGACCACGAGCGAAAGGAGGAAAAUAUUCUGCUCUGUCACGUUCCACGUCAUCGCCGUCACCUGCGUGGUGUGGUCCUUGUAUGUGUUGAUAGACCGGACCGCGGAGGAAAUCAAGCAAGGUAACGACAAUGGUGUGCUGGAAUGGCCAUUUUGGACGAAACUGGUUGUGGUGGCCAUCGGCUUCACAGGAGGUCUCGUCUUCAUGUAUGUACAGUGUAAAGUCUAUGUCCAACUAUGGCGCAGGCUGAAGGCCUACAACCGUGUGAUCUUUGUGCAGAAUUGCCCAGACACUGCCAACAAACUGGAGAAGAACUUCCCGUGUAAUGUGAACACGGAAAUCAAGGAUGCUGUGGUUGUGCCUGUGCCACAGACAGGUUCGAAUACACUGCCAACUGCAGAGGGGGCCCCGCCUGAAGUUAUACCAGUCUGAUGGAACUAGAGGGGAACUUCUUCACGGAAGGAUCUCUGCAACCCCCAGCCACUACAAACAGAAGUGCUUCUGCGAUGGUGGCUUCUUUAUCUUCUCCUUUCCCUUACUGACUUGUUUGUCCUGACUUGGAGCAAAAAGGAAAUGAGAAGAAAAUAACAUGUGACCAGGAUCUCAAGAAGCAGAGCCUGCAGUGGGACCUGGAAAAGUGAAGAAUCUUAGGGAAGGAGUUCAUAAGGAAUAGUUGGUACGAGCCAGUCUUCCAAGGGGACACGUGAUACUCCGAGUAGUGCAGAGGAAAUUCGUGAACAGACUUCAAUUGCAAUGUAUGCUUCUUUGUAGGUUUCUGUAACGUUAGCCUUCUCCACUGGAAACGACACCCACCCACACAUUUGGUCUUAAGCCUGAAAUUGUGUGCAUCAUCCCUAAGUCACACCGGAAGUAAACUUGGAGGACCUGAGAGGUCUUUUUUAAAAAUACUUUUGACAGCUGAUUUUUCUGGCUAUUGUGAAGUCUGGUUAUUUUGACAGAUGCAUGUUUUUAAGUGGAUGCAAUACACAUUUGGGGAUAGAAAUGUUUGGAAUUUUGUUUCAAUGAUGAAGAGAUUUUCAGAGCAUCGUGAAGUUUAGCUAGAACUGUUUUUUGAGCAACUAUCAUGCUGUGGGUUUUGUUGUUGUUGUUGUUGUUGUUUUUUCUGGUCCCUCUUACACAGUGCUCAACAAUAGACAUAUAACAUGAGCUACAAAUACAACCACAGUUGUAAAUCUUAAAUCUCCUAGUGUGCCCCAUUAGGAAAAGUAAAAAUAAAUAGGUCAAUCGAUUUUUAUAAUUUACUUAACACUAUUUAUACAAAUUACUUUAUGUCAUCAAUGGAAAUAAUUAUAAAAAUAGCUCUCAUUAUUUUCUUGAACCAAUUCUUCAAAAUUCUGCAUGGGACACCUCAAUAUGAAUGAAGUGUGUUGGACAGGACCUAAUUAAGGAUAUCAGCUGCCAGAGCCCUUGGAUUAGAAACUGCAUCUCUGUUUCAUUUAAGUUAUUUUAAAACAGCAGUUUAAUCCGUCUUUCUGUUUUGCAGUUUCAUCUAAAGGUUACGAUUUACAAGCACCAAACUCAUCAAAUAAGUAACCUGGCUUGAUUUCAACCAAGUUUCAAAGGGGCGAAAAAAUUUAAGGUAUAGGAAGUCAGUAAAAUGUGUAGCAAUGUUAUGAAGGUAACUUCUGCAUAGAAACUAUAAGGUAACUAUGAUAGGAAAAUAAAAAUUUAUUUUGCUACUAAAUCAGGUGUUAAGGAUUUUAAAUCCACAUGGAGUAUCAACGUGACACGGGUAUCUUAAGGAUCUCAACCCCACGUUUGAACCUGACAGUAUUUCCCUCACUCAGCUCAGCAGUAGAAAUAUUCAAUACAUUCCAUGGUGAGCGAUAAGCUGGGUUGUGGGCCCAACACCUGAUUACAGCUCUACACAGAUUCAAAUAAACUGAUAUGAGAACUACCAUAAGCGGGUGAAUACUCAAAAACCGUGACCUGUCAAAACCAGACAGCCACCUUGUUUUAAAGUGACUUUUGUUGUCGUUGUUAGCUGUCAUUAUUUAUUAUCCUGAAAAGGCAGAGAUGGCCAUAAAAACCAAAGCAUGGGCAUCAUGUUGCACAAAUCUGGGUUCCAUAUCCAUGCACUUUGUAAUAAUCAGUGUUUGUUCUUCGUGGGUGAUAAAGGAAAAGGAAAAACAAAAGGAUCCUUCAAUGAGAGGAGUAUUUGUGGUGAUUGACACUGGAUCCAAAUAGUCCCACCCUUAGAAAUAAAGACAUAGUAAACAAUGUCAAGUGUGUGUGUGUGUGUGUGUGUGUGUGUGUGUGUGUGACAUGUAUAUUCAUGUAUAUAUGCAAGAGAAAUGUUAAGGUCAAGCCAAGAAACAAAGGGUUAAUACUCAUCUUUCUUAAAAGUGUGCAGGAGGGACAUGGAGUCAAUAGACACAGACAAAGCAAUGGACAUGACUGAUGUAGACCAGGCCUUCAGCACAAAUAAGCAGAACCUUGCAUUAACUUCCUGAAAGGUUCCAUUCUAAAGAUUUAAGAACAGGAAGAGUAAAGGAAGGGCAGGUGCUCUGUAAGUUCACACAAAGGCAUUAACCAUCGUUUAGUUUCUCUGUAUAGUUCUCCGCGCUCUUCCUAGGAUGGCAAUUCGUUGUGGACCAGGACUGCACAAGAAGACUGCACAUCUUCUUGCAAGUAAAGUGCAAAGUAAAACUGAUUUACCUUUUCCCCGCAGGAGGAAAUGGGUUAUAUACCUUACUUACCACAGAAAAAACUGUUUAAAAGCAAGAUGGUUAUUUGAAUAGCUUGUUUCACAGAGGGAGGAGAUUGGCUACAUCAUAUUUUUCAACGUGUAUACCACCCCUAAACUACACAGAAAAGAGACAAGCUUUGCUACAAUGGGGAAAGACAGCAUGCUGCUUUAAAAGUGACAGCUAAAUGCUGCAGGUUAACUACUGUAAGCUUUGCCUUUAAAUGAGAAUGAUGGAAUGCUACAGUGUAUGCACCACUCAGUGAUUAUGCUGAUAUCCUCUGAUGCUUUAAAACUCACAAAAGUUUUUUCCUCUAAAUUAUUACCUGAAUUUACUAUUUAUGAUUCAAACAAUCUGCCCUAACUAUUCAUGUAUAUAAUAGAGAUGUAGGACCCGUACUCCUAAUAUUUGAGAAGUUUAGUACUUCAGGGGUAUCCCAAAUUAAAGCCAGCCCAAACUACAUGAGACCUUUCUCCAAAAGUAAAACAAACAUUUUAAACUCAAUGAAUAAAGCCAGUAUUAAAAACAUCUCUUCAUAUUGUGUGGUAAUGGUGUUUUCUCUUAAUAACCAUGAAAAGGUUUGGCAUUGAUGGCCUGACUUACUGCUCAAAGAGAAAAACAGAAUAACAUUAUCUUGAAGUGUGUUUACCUGCUUUCAUGUAAAAAAUAAAGUGAAACUGAAACAAAAUUA